AUGGAAGAAAACGAAGAUUUAAUCGAUGUUGUUGUAAUCACUGGCAAUAAUCAUUCUCCGAACAACAACGGCAUAGCAUUACCAGUAGGCAAUAUUUAUUGCUCACUACGAGCGACCAGAAUUAUAAUUGCUAUCAUUUGUAUUAUAUGCCUAUGUGGUGCGAAUGUUGCCUUACCCGUACUUUCACAAAUUCUUUUAUCAAAUAAUUGCCCUAGCAAUCAAUAUUUUACGCUUGUUUCUUGCGACUUUUGGUUUCCAGUUAUAUUAUGGUUAUGCGCUAUUAUAGCUAAAUUAGCCAAUCCAUUGUUUACCAUCAAAUCUUAUACAUCACAUAAGAUCUUUGUGCUGUUAGGUCUCUUAGAUACACUCAAUGCUUUUAUGGUGGUUUAUGCUAGCCCUCCGAGCAGAACUUUACCAAGCUUGCAGGCUAUACUAAGGACAUUACGAAUUCCUUACACGGUUCUAUUGAGUUACAUGAUAUUACACAAACGUCCCAGUCUUGGCCGCCUAAUAUGUACAUGUGGCACAUUGAUCGGAUUGUUUAUUUCUUUCGAACCGAUUAUUUUCGAUAUAAAUGGUCAAUAUCGAAAAAAGGGUAUUGCCUCAGUAAUUUGGCCGCUCGUUUUUGGAUUGGCCUAUCUACCAAGUAGUUUAUCAAAUGUCUUGCAGGAAAGAUAUAUUAAGAAAGAUGCAAAGGAGGAAGCUCUUGUUUUUAUGGCAUGGAUUCAAACAUACAAACUUAUUUUCGUUGGACUAUUUUUCUGGGCUGAGUUUAUACCCGGUUUUGGAACGGCUAAAUCUUUCAAACAAUUUCAAGACGGCAUGUACUGCGGAUUCAUGGCUCAAUAUACGGGUAAUUCUAACAUUCAUUAUCCUUGGGCUGCUGGCGCAUCGUCUGCAUUUAUAUUACUUUUUACUGGAGCUCAGCUUUUUUCGUUACUACUGAUUCGUUACACAGAUGGAGCUAAUUACUUAGUAAUCAUUCAGGCACUAGUAACUCCUUUGGUUGCCUUCUUUUGGACUUUAUUUUCUUCUAAGAAUGGUAUUCAUUGGUAUCCUCAUUUCACGUUAUCUACGGGAUUUAUUAUUGCUAGCGUUUUGGUUAUCGUUCCAUGCGUAUUACUUUAUAAUUACUUCAGUAUUUUAGAUGACAAAAAGCGAGCUGCAAGAAAGGCAGCGUUAAAGGAGUAUAAUGAUGAUAUGUGUGCUUUGACUGAUCCAAGUGCAUCAUCUUAA